GCUGUUCUGCUGUUUGGUUUAUCAAUUUAUUGUUUUUUUCUCGUUAUUGAUAUGUUUAAUGGAUGUAUUAUUUGCUAGUAAAUAACGCCAUACAAAAUUCAAGUCAAAGGUAUCUGUAGUUUUACAAGUUCUGAAGAACCUUGAUUGGACAACUGUUAUUAUCGACCUGUCAAGAAGACAUUUUUUCGUCAAGCUGUUCACACAAAUUUCGCAAAAUAGGAGACGAAAACCCCUUCAAGUUCUCCAAUUUCAUAUCGAAUCUACCACCAAUCGGUGGUGGAGCGAUGCCACGGUGCAGCAAGCGCACGCGCAGCGCGGCGGGCGGCGGCGGCGCGGGAGGCGACCUGCUGCCCGGACACACAGCCAUAGACGACCACCAUCAUCAUAAACGAUCAAGAAAUACUAGCUCACGUCGACAUUCCAAAUCAGAAGAUACCAGUUUCAGUGUUAAGAAAUGUUUAGCUUGGUUUAAAGAAUAUACUACGGUCAAUGAGCCAGAUGUUUUAGGUCCUGAAGGUAUGGAAAAAUUUUGUGAAGAUCUCGGAGUGGAUCCAGAGAAUGUUGUGAUGUUGGUGAUCGCAUACAAAAUGGGCUCCAAACAGAUGGGGUAUUUCACGCAAGAGGAAUGGGUGAAAGGUUUAACAGAGCUCCAAUGCGACAAUGUGCACAAAUUGCAGAACAAAUUAGAAUAUUUACGCAGUUUACUCAAUGAUCCACAUAUAUUUAAGGCUGUUUACAGAUAUUCGUACGAUUUCGCUAGGGACAAGGACCAGCGGUCGCUGGACACGGGCACGGCGCGCGCGCUGCUGGGCGUGCUGCUGCCGCGCUGGGCGCUGCGGCCGGCGCUGGGCGAGUUCCUGGCGCGCGAGCGGCGCUACCGCGUCGUCAACAAGGACCAGUGGUGCAACAUCCUGGAGUUCUCGCGCACCGUGGACGCGCACCUCACCACCUACGACGCCGACGGCGCCUGUGAGUCUUGGCUGUUCCGAUCUUGCAGGCUGGCCGGGCCUUCUUUUUAACCGACUAUGUUACGCGAUAACUCCGCCCUUUGU